GACGUCAGAUAUAGUGAGACAGAAGCGAGCGCGUUUGAAGCCAAGCAGGGCGUGAAAGUGUGUGUCGUGCCGCCCGUAAUUUUGUUAUCCUUAAAAUUGGACAAGGACCACGUAUAAAUAUGUUAAAAUAGUAGUUUGAUAUUGGGUGCGUGAUAUUUAGUGUGACAAUUAUGCUUGGUGCUGAGAACGGUGUGAUACUUGUGUGAAUACCAUGUUUCGCUGCAUUCCAAUCUUUAAAGGGUGUAACAGGCAGGUGGAAUACGUUGACAAGCGUCACUGCUCGCUGCCGAGCGUCCCUGAUGAUAUUCUAAGGUACUCAAGAAGCUUGGAGGAACUUUUGCUGGACGCCAAUCACAUCAGGGAUCUACCUAAGAACUUUUUUCGACUUCAAAGAUUACGGAAACUUGGACUCAGUGAUAAUGAAAUACAUCGAUUGCCACCAGACAUCCAGAAUUUUGAAAAUCUUGUGGAGUUGGAUGUUUCAAGAAAUGAUAUACCUGAUAUUCCUGAAAACAUCAAAAAUUUACGAGCUCUUCAGGUGGCAGAUUUUAGCAGCAAUCCAAUACCAAGACUUCCAGCGGGUUUCGUAAAGCUACGGAAUCUCACAACACUUGGCCUCAAUGACAUGUCCCUUACCAAUUUACCACCCGACUUUGGAAGUUUGGAAGCUUUAAAAUCACUAGAAUUGAGGGAAAAUCUUCUUAAAUCCUUGCCUGAAUCUCUCUCGCAGUUGACGAAACUCGAAAGAUUAGACUUAGGAGAUAAUGAAAUUGAAGAAUUGCCUCCUCAUAUAGGAAAAUUACCAGCUCUCCAAGAAUUAUGGCUCGAUCAUAAUCAGCUGCAACACUUGCCGCCUGAAAUUGGUCUAUUGACGACACUUGCCUGCCUUGAUGUCUCAGAAAAUCGUCUAGAAGAUUUACCUGAAGAAAUUGGUGGCCUUGAGUCUCUCACAGAUUUACAUCUAUCACAGAAUGUAAUCGAAAAACUCCCUGAUGGUUUAGGAGAACUUAAAAAAUUGACUAUUCUAAAAGUUGACCAAAACAGAUUGUCUGUUUUAAAUCCAAACAUUGGUAAAUGUGAAAAUUUACAGGAGCUAAUACUUACUGAAAAUUUUCUGUUUGAACUGCCAGUCUCCAUUGGGAAUCUUUUUAAUUUGAAUAAUUUAAACGUUGACCGCAAUAGUUUGCAAUAUUUACCCACGGAAAUAGGGAAUUUAAAAAAUUUAGGAGUAUUGUCGUUGAGAGAAAAUAAACUUCAGUAUCUUCCUUCAGAAGUUGGACAAUGUUCGGCACUUCAUGUAUUGGAUGUUUCAGGAAACCGAUUACAGUACUUGCCGUAUUCGUUAUUGAAUCUUAAUCUGAAAGCUGUAUGGUUGAGUGAAAAUCAAGCACAACCAAUGUUAACUUUCCAAACAGAUAUUGAUGAAGAUACUGGCCAGGAAGUACUCACUUGUUUCUUAUUACCGCAAUUAGAAGAUCACACUUCUAGUUUACAUGAUGGAGGACGUAUAGGAGGAAUAGUAGUAGGAAUGAGAAAUGUACUCUCAGGCAAUGAAAUGAGAGAAUUAGGCAGUAGUGAUGAUGAAAAUUGGCAGGAAAAAGAAGCAUCAAGGACACACUCGGUAAAAUUCACUGAUGAUGGACCAGAAGCUGACAAGGAGACUCCAUUCGUAAGACAAAAUACGCCUCAUCCAAAGGAAUUGAAGGCCAAGGCACAUAAAUUAUUUAGUAAAGGAAAGAAUGAUAGCAGAUCAGGAUCUACUGAAGAACAGGAUGUUUCCCAAACAUUUGGACUUGAUAAAAGUGAACCAGACAUGUCUCAAGAUAAUGAAGAACCCAAGGAAGCUAAGACACAGCCAGAAACCAUUGGUGAUGAAUGCUUACAAAAUGAAAUCAAAGUUGCAGAGUCUGAAAUUUUACAUAAUAAUUCUGCUGCACCUGCAAAUGAUGACAGAGAAUUACAUGCGAAUUUCCAGCUUACUUUAGAUCCAUCAACUAUGACGGAUGCUGUUGAGAUCGAGGGUUCGGUGUCAGAAUCGAGGGGUAAAAAUGAGGAUGAAAUGGAGGGUGAAGACAUGCAGAGACAUGUCGAGUUUACAAUCUCGGAAGACACGGAUUGUGAGGGUGGGGUUGAAAAGGGAAAACCCAACCGUCUGCAUCGACGUGAUACCCCUCAUCAUCUCAAAAACAAGCGAAUACAUGCAUCAAUUGACAAGGAUAAAGUUGCUUCCAUCAUCGCACAGACGCUUAUGAAGAAAAAUGAAGAAACAUCUGUGUCAACCAGUCUUCCAACGGAAUCAGUAGAUAAUUAUGAUAUGCAUAGUCAAGGAGCUACAUCGGACGCAGAGCCAUCGCUGGAAGUGCGAGAAGAACAGUAUGAAAUUCAUAUAGAGAGAACAACAGGCGGACUUGGUUUGUCGAUAGCAGGUGGAAUUGGAUCGACACCAUUUAAAGGAGACGACGAGGGAAUUUUCAUUUCUAGAGUUACUGAAGGUGGUCCGGCCGAUUUAGCUGGUUUAAAAGUCGGCGACAAAGUCGUUUCAGUAAACGGCGUUUCGGUUGUCAACGUUGAUCAUUAUGACGCAGUUGAAGUAUUGAAAGCCUGUGGUCGAGUUCUUGUGCUGGUAAUUCUUAGAGAAGUUACGAGAAUAGUACCACCAUCAGAUCAGCUGUCGACAAGGAAAGACUCUGAGUGUUCAAGUUUAAGUACAAGUCGUGCUCCAAGUGCUACAUCUUAUGUUUCAUCUACUGCGUAUUCGCAUAAUCUUGAAAAUGGUGAUACUCUGUCUCGUGACUAUGUUAAGACAAAGAAAAUUCCUGAAGCAUUACCACCGAUGAACAAUGAAGAGCCAUUAGUGCCGGUACUUGUCCAUACAACCUUAAUUCGGGAUCAAAAUGGACUUGGGUUCAGUAUUGCUGGUGGGAAAGGAUCACUGCCGUUUAAAGACAAUACCGAUGCUAUAUUUAUCUCAAGAAUAACGGAUGGUGGUGUAGCACAGAAAGAUGGUAAAUUACUAGUUGGUGAUCGAGUAGUAUCGAUCAACGGGGUUGAAAUGACUGGAGCAAAACACGAACAAGCUGUAGCAAUGUUAACAGGUCUGGAAAGGUUCGUUCGACUGGUAGUCGAGCGCGAGAUACCUCUUUCCCAGGCAAGCUCACUGAUGCAAGUAACACCCUCGGAGAAAUCUCCGCGAUUGAUUGGUGGACCUCGACCAUACACGGGACUUUAUAACGCUAAUAGUUACAUAGCGAAUCGACCGGGCUAUCCAAGCUACCGUCGCUCUAUGGACGCCGACAAGACACUCUCUCCAAGUCCAACAUCAAGAACACCGCCGCCUCCACCGCCUGCUCCAUUACCUCUUAAAGUUGAGCCUGUGAACGGUGUCGCUAAAAUGAAUGGAGUAACUGAAGGGUCUGCUUCUAAAGCAACUAGUCCAGGAACAAUAAAUCAACAUCCACAACCGGCACCAAGACAAAGUAUACCUCUACAACAACAGCCACAACAACAGGAACAUCGACAAGAACAGAGUCACAGUGUUGGACCGACAACACCAAGCCACGUUGAAUCUACGAGACCGACAUCACCACAGGAAGACAUACAGGUACCGAAGCCAAUCACCAACGAGGAAUUUCAGGCCAUGAUUCCCGCUCACUUCCUCCGACCUCCGACUUCCUCGCCCUCGCCAGACUCCCAGCAGGGCCCUAUCGUGACUGUAACAAUCAAGCAGCCUGACAAUCUACCGGGAGAUGUGAAAUUCCCUCCAGCACCUACCACUCUCGGUAAAGUUACUGAGACCAUCACUAAGAGCACACUCACCGAGACGGUUGUUACACGAGUCACCGACAACCAUCUGGUGCAGCCAGUAAUCAUUGAGGAUGUCGUAUUGAUGAAAGAAGGAUCUCUUGGCUUCAGUAUCAUUGGUGGAACUGAUCAUUCCUGUAUUCCAUUUGGAGCUAAAGAACCCGGAAUUUUUAUAUCUCACGUUGUACCUGGUGGUAUUGCCGCAAAUUCUGGGAAACUCAGAAUGGGUGACAGGAUAUUGAAAGUAAAUGGAACUGAUGUCACUAAAGCCACUCAUCAGGAAGCUGUUAUGGAGUUAUUAAGGCCCGGUGAAUCAAUUGUGUUGACUGUUCAGCAUGAUCCACUGCCAGAAAACUAUCAGGAACUUGUGAUAGUCAAAGAACCUGGUGAAAAAUUAGGAAUGCAUAUAAAAGGUGGACUUCGAGGACAACGAGGAAAUCCACUUGAUCAUACAGAUGAAGGAGUUUUUAUUUCUAAAAUAAACUCUGGUGGUGCUGCAAAACGUGAUGGUAGAUUAAAAGUUGGCAUGAGAUUGUUAGAAGUUAAUGGAACCUCAUUGCUUGGUGCAACCCAUCAAGAAGCCGUAAAUAUACUCCGAAGUUCAGGCAAUAAAAUAACUUUAGUUGUGUGCAAAGGUUAUGAUAAAAAUGAAGUAGAACACUUGUUUAGUUUAUCGAGUGGAGGAAGAGAUUCUAAAGAAUCGAAACGAUCUCAAGAUAACAAAGAAUCUCCCACAGAGGGAAUGAAGUCUUUGUCUCAUAGUGUAUCAAGUCUUGACCGAGACGAUGAAGAGGCUGCUACACUUCGACAAGAACAAGAAAUGAAAGAAGAACUUGUAGCCUGGGAACAAGAGGAACGUGAAAGGGCAUUGAUUGAACACCGAGAGAAAUCGACUCCUGAAAAAGUAAUGGAUGUAGUAAGAGCAGCUGAAUCAUUAGUAAAUAAAUCAAAUAGUCCAGUUGAUACUCCUAUACCACCUAAAUCACCUGGGGGAAAUAAAGACCUUAAAACCACUACAAUUGUUAUGAGCAAACAUACAUUGGCACCGCAAAACCCUACUGCGUUACAGUCGAAAAAUAAAGAAGAAGACGGAACGUCUGUGGAUGAUCCUCCUUCAUCAGUUGAAUCACUUCCUAUCUCAUGUAUUAAAUCACAAUCCUAUACAACUACUACGAAUCUCGAUCAUGGUUUAUCCUUUACAUUACCUGCACAAAAAACUAAAAAUAUUCCCAAACGUAAUAUAACUUUUGCUACUCUUCCUACUCCUUAUAAAUCAACACAAUGCAUUGCAACUCCUAUCGUCAACUCAAUGGCGUCUGAUCUUAAAAAUCGACCAGUUUCUAUGCACGAAAUUUCUAAUUACUAUCCAGCAACAGACUUUUACAAAAAAAAUAUAUGUGGUGAUACGGGGAAAAAAAAAUCGUCGCGUUUUUGCCUUCCUCCGACACCACUGACUGGCAGUACUGAGUUACUGAAGAAUUCUGUUACUUCCAACUCAUAUAAUCAAAGACAGAUUGCACGUUCUGUCAGUGGAAAAAACUUGGUUGAGUCAUCACCUUCACCUUCGCCGACACCUGUUACGCCAGUACCACCUCCAUUAACUCCUGGUAAAAUGUCUGUAAGUGACAGGAAGAGAUUGUUUGAACAUGCUGUUGAGGAGCAUCUUAAACCAUCUCCAAAGCCUGAAAAAGUGUUCAGUUUCCUCAGUCAAGAUGAGGUAGAAAAAAUGAAACAAGAAGAAGAAAGGAAAAUAGCAACACUUACACGAGAUGAAUUAAAGUCAUGGGCACAAAUUGAUGAAAUGGAGGGUAUGGAAGAAUCAGAAGAUGCAUUAGAAGAUCAUGAUAAUAGACCUACUAGCAGAUUGAGUACGCGAAGUACAUUACCUUCUAUGCAGGGUAUACCAAGUAUUGUAAGGACUGCAAAAGCGGAACGUCGAUUGAAGGAAAAAAUGUUGCAAGAGGGUUUAAUAUCUGAUGAUGAUGAAGAAAGUCAUUUAAGCCCAGCAGAACAACGUGCAUUACGAGCAGAAAAACGUGCUGCAUGGAGACAAGCUAGACUAAAGUCUCUAGAACAAGAUGCACUUCAAGCUCAAAUGGUAAUUAAAAAAAUGAGCGAAAUGAUGGAUACAACAAAACCAGAUUCGCCAAUUGCUGAAUCAAUUAUUGAACCGGAUAAGAAAGGCGAGUUCGCUACAUUACGGCCGUCUAGCGCGGAUUUUCCAAAACUUGCAGUCCGCAGCAAGGUGGGUCCGCCUAAAGCUGUCCGCGAAUCUGAAAAAAUAGUGGAUGAAAAGGUAACACGUCGUACUGAAGAAUAUGUGGACGAAGUGACUGGUGAACGUCGCGUCCGAACGGUCGAAUACGUCGAGAAGCUCAUUGAGCGGGAGGUUGAAACUCUACGAGAAAAAAUCAUAUCUUUGGAGUUGAGUAAUGCUGAAGAAGAUGUAGACAACGUCAAAGUAAAUGUUGGUGGUGGCGAAACUGAACCAGAAAGCGAAAGUGAAGAUUUAACUGGGCAAGAAUUAUCAACUUUUAUUGGAGUAGAAAGUUCAGAUUCUUUAAUAUGCACGAGCCCUACUACGGACACUCCAAACGCUGGGAAGACUGGAACAAAUACUUCGAGUAUUUCAUCCAAGAAAAAAAAGAAAAAACGUUCAAAGAAAGGACGAAAUUAAGUGAUUCUUGGUGCGCAAAUUGUAUAAUAUAUACAUCAGUAGGUCAUGAAUCAAGUCACGAAUCAUAAAAUUUCAUAUAUUAACAUAAAAUACUGAAAAAUUUUUAUUAUUUAUCAAACAAAAAAAAAAGAAUUAUGACAACAUUAUUUGGAUUUAUUUGGAUUUUAAAAAUGAAAACAAGAGAAAAUGAGGAAUUUUUUCCUGAGCACUAGAUUUCAUUGAUUCAUUGAUAAUGAAAUUUUUUCAUUUCUAUGAAUCCCAGUGUGAAUGAAUAAAUUGACAUUGAUAUCAUUUUAUCGAAUACAAGCAUGAUUUUUCUGUUUAAAGACUUAAAUAUUUAAAAUUAUUGAUUAAGUUAUUUUUCGAAAGAAUUUUUGAGAUUCCGGCCAUUAGAUAUUUAUUUAUCCUGCACGCUCUUUUGUUUAGGAUAGAUUUUCCAACUAACAGUGACUAGAUAAAUUAAUUAUUAUUUGACAGUUGCUAUAUAUAGACACAUUCCUGUAUUACACUAGAAAUAGUAUCAUGCUAUAAAAUAUCACUAAAAAGUUGUUAAAAAUAUAAAAUGCUUUGAUCUUGCCCAGUCUAUCACAGUCGAAUGGAAAGGUAAUCAGUAUUUAUGAAGUGUUUUUGGGCGAUGAUAUUCUGAUAUGAUCAUUGUAAUUUAUUAAUUUUUUUAUUUAAGACAACUAAAAGUGAAAUUAAAUUGAAGUCAUAAAAAAUAGCAGUCGUUCAGUUAGUAAGAAUAUUUUAUUUAUUUAAAUAUAAUUUUAAAUAGAUAGUUCAAGAAUCAUCAAAUCAAUACAGGUAAUAAGGGAAAGAUACAUUAUUGAUAAUAGGUAUUUUUCUUAUUAUAUAGAAUAAUGAGGGACAUGAGAAGGUCUGGUAUUUCAAGUAUUCUUCAAAGUAUCACUUUGUGCUGUUGCUGUACGAUGGGUGCAAACAAUUUAUUGAUGUAGUUUAUAUUAUUAUUUCUGUAUUAGCAACAUAUAUUAUGAAUUUUGUUAAUAAUAAGAUAGUGUCAAAUUCAAAGAAAAUAAAAAAAAAAUAUUUAUAUAUAUAUAUUUGGUAUUAAGAAUAAACGUUACUUGUAAUAUAAGUGACAUGGCCUUAUAGUAAUAGUAUUAUGUUUGUAAUGAAUGUUUAUGUCAAUAUUUUCAUAUGGAUGACACAUGUUGUUGAUAUGCAUAGGCUAGAGUUUAAUUUUGUAAAAUGAAUUAUACAAAUUAACACUUGAGAGUUGAAAAAUCUAUCCAUUUUUCAGAAUUCAUAGCAGGGACCAAAAAUUUCAAGUUGAAUUAUCGUUUCUGUUUUAGAAUUGAUUUUUAUUUUUUGAUACAUUUACAAACUGAUGGCAUUUUAUUGUCAUUUAUUCUUAAUUUAAAAAUAAAAUUGCUGAUUAAAUUGAAAAUAAAAAAAUAUAGUUGUCAAUGUCAAUUAAACAUUCACGGUGCCAAUAAUUAAUAAAUUUAACUUGAAACCAAAAAA